AAUGGUAGUACUGCUAUUUCGAUGUCUGAGUUUGUCACAGUUUAGCAAAGUGAAAUCGGCGAAAAAUCAUUGUUCAUUGCACACAAGGAAAAUCAGUAAUUUUUAGCUAAAUAAUCCAUUUUCAUAAAAGGCAAUAUCAGAAAAAGUGUGAAAAGUAAGUUUAGUGUCAAUUGCAGUUUCUCGGCGUAAAAAAGGGUGGAAAACACAAACAGAUUACGAAUUUGGACCUUCAAUACUAAAACUUAAGAAAUAAGCUAAAUUUUGCAACUGCCCCAAAUGUCUGCAAAUACAGCAUCUACGUCGAAUGCGACGGGUUCGUCUAACACCACAACAACGACGACAAUGCAUAGUUUACCUGCCGCCAGCACUAGUACACCCAGCAGACCGGCGGUACGUGCCCUAGCUCUUGAAUAUAAGUCACUGCAAGAAGAACCUGUCGAGGGUUUCCGUGUAAAACUGCUUAACGAAGAUAAUCUCUUUGAAUGGGAGGUGGCAAUAUUCGGACCGCCCGAUACCCUCUAUCAAGGCGGAUAUUUUAAAGCACAUAUGAAAUUUCCACCAGAUUAUCCAUAUUCACCGCCAUCUAUACGCUUCCUCACAAAAGUUUGGCACCCAAAUGUUUACGAAAAUGGGGACCUAUGCAUUUCCAUAUUACAUCCACCGGUGGACGAUCCACAAAGCGGGGAAUUGCCUUGUGAAAGAUGGAAUCCAACGCAAAAUGUGCGCACUAUAUUGUUAUCAGUUAUAUCGCUGCUGAAUGAGCCGAACACAUAUUCUCCAGCCAACGUUGACGCAUCUGUUAUGUAUCGGAGGUGGCGCGAAUCGCAGGGAAAGGAUAAUGAAUAUCCGAGCAUUAUACGAAAGCAGGCACAGGCUGCAAAUGCCGAUGCCAUAAAAGAGGGCAUAGUUGUGCCGAUGACACUCGAGGAUUAUUGUCUUAAACCGACACGCAAAGCGUCCACAGAACCAACGCUGGACACGAAUUUCUUUGACGAUGAUUUCGAUCUCGAAACUGAAGAUGAUUUGCCAACCGACGAGGACGAUGAGGAUGACGAUGAUUAUGACCUUGACGAAGACAACACGAAACGUAAAGACAAUGGUACGGCGGAUGAAUCGGCUGAUGAUAGCGGCAAAGGUGAGACAUCGUAAUCUCACACAGCAAUGAAUAAUGAUUUUUGCUGCGGAAUAUGGGGUCUUAAGUGCAAGGCAACAUUGGCAGUUUGAAGGUAAGAAAGGCGAAUGGAUAAAAAAUUAAUUAAUAAUUUUGUAAAUGGUAAAACAUGAACAUAUGAAAAAGGUCCUCAAAAAAUGCAGCGCAAAUGUGGCAACAAAAUUCAGGAACAAUUUAUCACUUAUUUCGUGUAAAAUAUGAAGAAAAAACGAAAAACACAAUUAUGUUAAAUAUUUAGAAAUCGAAAAGAAAAGUAAUUUAUUCACUUUUCGAAAAAGCAAUAAUGCAAAAUUACCGUAUGUAUUUUUUGUAAAUGAAAUAAUUAUUGAACAAACAUGCAUACAUAUACAAAUAUACUAGAGGAGUGCAGCGUAGAUGUAACCAAUACCCUUUAGCAGCAAUUAGCAAUUAAGUGUUUUUCUAAGAAAGUAACAGUAAAAACAGUAAACAGGAAAUAUAAAAACAAAAAAACGUGUAAAGAGUAACAACAAAGAUUAAAGCCAAAUAAUUAAAAAAAAGCAAAACUGACAGAAUGAACCGCAACAAUAUGCCAUACUCGUAGCGCGAUAAAUAUCAACUAUUUUAAAAUCAAAUUGUGUAUCACACGCCCUACUCCUUGAUAAGUAUGCUAUGCUAAACGUGAUUUUGACCAUAAACAAAAAUAAAUUUAUUAGUUCAUAUUUGUUUUUGGUAAGUAAAUGAAUUACCUCCUUUUGCGCAUACUAAUUUAUCUUAACUAUCCCGCUGCUCUGCUCUCAACGUAACCACCAUGGAUUGACAAGCUUGCUAUCAUGCACUAGCACUCGUUCACUUAUCACUUAUCGAAAUUUAAUUCAGAUUCAGCUGUAUUAUACCAGCUAUGAGAUCAUACAUUGAAACAUACACGCACUUCAACUACUUUUCUUUUCUUUACGUCCAGACAUUUUUAACUGCAAUUUUAAAAAUUUUACUUUCAAUAAAAUACUCUUUGUGAGUGUACUUUUAAUUAAAUAUGCAAUUAAGUUUUUAAAACUUUGAAGAUGAUUUUGCAUAACAUUGCUUGUACUACAACACACAUAUGUUUUUAUUUUUCAGCAAAGCAAUACAUAUGUAUUUAUUUUGUAUUAAAGCAAGUUAAUGUAUGUUUUGUUUUUUUUUUAUAUCGUACGCCUCUUCACAUUUUUUAUUUUUUUGUUCCAGAGCUAUAUUUUUAUACUCAUAUGCACAUACAUACAUAUGUAAUAGUUUUUAACAUUUUAUGUAUUUAAGACUUUAAUUUUCUGCAUUACGUACUAGAAAAUAUAAUUCUGGUCUUAACGUACCAACGAAUUAUUUAUGAACUAAUUAAUCUCGUCUGUGUGUAUGUAUGUAUUUAAAUUUACGAUGUACAUAUGUUUUUUAGAAGAAAACCAAUUUAACUAAUGAAAAAUAUAGAUUACAUGCAAGAAUUUAAAACAUCCCUACCUACAUAUGCAGCAGUGGAUGGCUCUUUCGAAAAUUAUGAACACAGGCUCAAAAUGAAAAAUGGCUCAAAAUAAACAAACUUUUUUAGAAAAAAGUUUAAUUGCAAUUAAAAAACAAAAAAAAUUAUAAUGGAAAUUGAAUUAAAAAUUACGUAAUAUUAAAAUAUGUCUAAGCCAAGUAUGAAGACAUAGAAAGACACUAGCAGCUAAUAAAUUGCGCUACAAAAAGGUUUUGAUUUAAAUUGUUUGAACUGAAAUUGACUUAAUUAAACAACUGACUUGUGUUAAUAAUUUUCGAGACAGUAUUCAGGUCUGUUAAAUUUAAUGUAUACCAUGAAAGCUGAAAAGUAUACAAAAGUAUAUAUAUUUUUUGUUGUUGUAAUAAACAAAAAAAAUGGACAGAAAUAAGACAAUUAAAUUUUCUAUAUAACUUAACACACAGCAUACAAUAAACAAAAACAAAAAAUAGUGAUGUAAUUAUUGUAAAAUAUAAGAUUGCGUUGAAAGACAAAUUCAACUCAUUGUUUUUAAGAUGCAAUUAUACACUAAAAUCUCAGUUAAUAACAAAAAACAAAAAAGCAUUGAUAAAACUUAACUAUAGCGAACAAUUGAGAAUUUUGCUUUAUUGACGCUGAGGCAUAAGCGCCGUUGCUUUGAUGUUUAAUCAUGUUGUGAAAGUAAAAGUGGCAUAGAACGGAAUAUACAUACAUAUAUAGAAAUAUAUACCUAGAAACUGUAAAACAAUGAAAAUUAACGCCAAUUUGUAUUGAAGUCUAUUUCUCAAUCCAUACACAACCUUUUAUAACUCUUCAUUAAAAUUUCUCUUCAUAAUAAAAAAAUAAAUAAAUAAACAAAAACAGGAACCUAAUAUAAAGUAGUAAUUAUAAUUUGUAAUAUUGAAAUGAAGUAAGCGGAGCUUAGACUCAGAGAAAAUAACUGCGGAUGAAUAUAAGUAUACACCUACUAUAAGAAAUACAUAUGUAUGUACGCUAUAAUAAUAAAUAAAUAAUAAAUUGUAAAAUGAUAUACAAAACAUAUGCAAUAAAAUUCUUCUAUCAUUCAUUCA